CCCUGUUCCUCAAUGUGUCAGUCAUUCAACUAGUUCUAAAACAUGUUAGCAUGUCCUGAAGACAUGUAGUACUAAUGUACCUCAUAGGUUUGCAUUUCAAUAAAUAUUAAGGGCUGGUCCCACUAGUUAUUUAAACACAAGAACAUGUUUUGUAGUUCCCAGUUGGCACCUUUCCUCUGACAUAUAUCCUUGGUGUCCCUUGUCCCUUUAGAACUAAAAGUAUGGCUGCCUCGCUGCCAUCUUGUCCAAAAGUGUCCAGUUACCCUGGUUUCCCAUCCACAUUGAUUAGGAACAGAUAUAAGGCCCGACCCGAAGAAUGGCCCAUUGAUAAAAGUCCAUUAUGGGAGAAGCCAAUGAAAGGAACACCAAUUAUCACCCCUGCCCCUGAAACAUCGGAUGAGGACCAGAAAGUAAUGGAAAGUAUGGCUGCCAUGUUGCCAAGUUGUCCAAGGGUAGCCAGUGUUCCUGGGUUCCCCUCAGCACCACCACCCAAAACAGAAAGACCAGCACCACCAUCCAAAACAGAAAGACCAGCAUCACCACCCAAAACAGAAAGACCAGCAUCACCACCCAAAACAGAAAGACCAGCAUCACCACCCAAAACAGAAAGACCAGCAUCACCACCCAAAAUAGAAAGACCAGUAUCACCAUCCAAAACAGAAAGACCAGCAUCACCACCCAAAAUAGAAAGACCAGCAUCACCACCCAAAACACAAAUGGAACCAAGUAUGGUGAAUCUAGUGCCAACUUGCGUAUCCAGUGCACCUGGUUUGGCCUCCUGGAAACCAAAGGAGACUGAAGGGGCUGAGGAUGUAGGUUGGAGUGUGGAUAAAAAGCUGAAAUGGGAGAGACCACAUGAUGAGAAGACGGUUAUUGAGCUUUCGUCGUCAAUUGCUUUAGACCAAGUGUAUGGAGACAAAGAAAUGUUUAAACGUAUGGUAGUGCUUGUCCCAUUUUGUCCAAGUGAGAGUACUAUUCCUGGUUUUCAAUCUGUUCCAAGGCCCAAAGCUCAGGUUGUGCCAAGCAUGGUUAACAUAAUGCCAACUUGCCCAAGGGUAUCUAGAGUUCCUGGACUGCCAACCAUAGACCCGACAAAGACCGUAGACUGGCAAGUAGAUACAAAGGCUCUGUUUAAUAAGUUACCUAAAGAAGUAGAAUUAUUGAUGGUCCGUUUAGAGGAUGUUGGCACAGUUUAUAAUGAUAGUGAAAAGGUCAAGAAAAUGGUGGAUCUUAAACCAUCCUGCCCCAAAACAGCCAGUAUUCCUGGCUUCCCUUCUGAAACAAUGCAAGAGCCUACCAAAUUGCCCAAUGUUGGGACAAUAAAGCUUUCUGAAUUUGAACUGAAUAUGGUUAACCUUCUGCCUACAUGCCCUUUAAUGGCCAGAGUUUCUGGUUCACCCUCUAAACUGCCAAUUAAGUUAGAUAAUGUUGACUGGCAUGCUAACAGUAGGCCUAUUCUGGAGAGACCAUUGAAGAACAGAGCACUUUCUGUAGUGCAGGAAAUGCGACAAAAGGACAAAGAACUUACCAAAAAUAUGGUAGAUAUGUUACCAUCUUGCCCGAAUAAGGCCAGGAUUCCAGGUUUACCCUCUGCACCUAGGCAGAAGCUAGUAGACACACCAAGUAUGACCAGUCUUCUGUCUACAUGCCCUAGACUUUCUACGGUUUCUGGUUUACCCUCCAAACAGCCAAUCAGUUCUAGAGAUGAUGAUUGGCUUGUGGACAGAGUUCCCCUGUGGGCAAAGCCAUUAAAGGAACGAGAGGGGCUUAUUCUACAUAUUUCCCAAGAUCACGAAAAAACAUUCAAAGAUACUAAAUUGAUGGAAAACAUGACAGCCAUGUUACCAUCUUGCCCAAAUAAGGCUAGUGUGCCUGGCUUCCCUUCUGCACCAAGGCAAGUGUCGAAUAUGGUGAGUCUUCUUCCAACUUGUCCAAGGGUAUCUAUAGUUCCUGGAUGGCCAGCUUUAAAUCAGAAACCAAAACAGGCAGUAGUUUGGCCGGUAGAUAAAGAGACAUUGUUUGCAAAUUUACCAAGAGAGCGGCCAGGAUUAUUAUUGGAUGUUAACACAGUCUAUCAUGAUAGUGAAAUUACCAGGAAUAUGUUUUCUAUGACACCAGCCUGCCCUCGAAUCACGAGCAUUCAUGGCAUGACCUCUGCCCGAAGGAAAGAACCCCCAUCCUGCCUCAAAGCAGCCAGUAUUGCUGCACUCCCUUCUGAACCAAGGCAAGAGCCAAAUAUGGUUAAUGUUCUGUCUACGUACCCUAGACUGUCUAGGGUUUCCGGUUUACCCUCAAUCAGUUCUAGAGAUGAAGAUUGGCUUGUGGACAGAAAGCCACUGUGGGAAAAGCCAUUGAGGAAAAUGGAUGUGAUUAUUCAACCAAUUUCUUCAGCUCUUAGCAUUGCAUAUAAAGAGAAAACGAUGUUGAAAUAUAUGGUAGCCAUGUUACCAUCGUGCCCAAGGAAGGCCAGUAUUCCUGGCUUUCCUUCAAAACUGAAGCAGAGGUUAGGAUCCCCAAGAACAAUCAUGAAGUAUGAUCUUCUUCCUACUUGCCCUAAACUUUCCAGAGUUUCUGGUUUACCCUCUAGACAUCCAACUGAGUCAGAACCUGACUACUGGCAUGCUAUCAGACGGCCAAUAAUAGAAAAGCCAUUGAGGAAAACAGUUGAGCUGAUCCCUUCACUUUCUGAAGUACAUGCAACGUCAUAUGAGCACAAUGAACUUGUGGUUGCUCUCUUACCAUUUUGCCCGGAAAAGGCUGGUGUAGCUGGUGUAGAAUCUAUACCAAGUCAAGAGUCAAAUAUCCUCAGUCUUCAUCCUACUUUCCAUAAACUUCCCAGAGUACCUGGUUUACCCUCUAGACUUCCAAACAAUUCAGAUGAUAUUGACUGGAAAGUGGACUGCAGUCCACUGUGGGAGAAGCCAUUGAGGAAAAGAGAAGGACCUAUUUUACAAGAUCAGGAAAUGGCAUUCAAAGACACUGAAAUUAUGAAAGACAUGGUAGCCAUGUUGCCAACUUGCCCAAGGAAGGCUAGGAUUCCUGGCUUCCCGUCUGCACCAAGGCAAGAGCCAAGUAUGGUUAACAUAAUGCUAACUUGUUCAAGGGUAUCUAAAGUUCCUGGAUUGGCAACUAUAGAACAGACACAAAUAGUAGAAUUACCAGUUUACAAAAAGUCACUGUCACCCAGAGAAUGGCCUGAUGAAUCAAUGUUCCAUUUGGAGAAUGUUGGCAGAGUCUAUCAUGAUAGUGAAGUGGUCACAAACAUGGCAGCUCUGAAACCAUCCUGCCCAAACGCAGCCAGUAUUCCUGGCAUCGCCUCAGCAUCAAGGCAAGAGCCAAGCAUGGUUAACCUUCUGCCUACUUGCCCUAGAUUGGCCAGAAUUUCUGGUUUACCCUCCAAACAACCAACAAUGUCUAGACAUGAAAAUUGGAUUGUGGACAGAAUGCCACUCUGGGAGAAGACAUUGAGGGAAUUGGAUGUAACGAUUCAACACAUUUCUCCAGCUCAUGAUACAUAUAUGGUAAAACAUAUGGUAGCUAUGGUACCAUCUUGCCCCAGGAAGGCCAGUAUUCAUGGCUUCCCUUCUGCACCAACGCAGGAGCCGAAUAUGGUUAACCUUCUGCCUACUUGCCCUAGACUGGCUAGAGUUCCUGGUUUACCCUCCAAACAGCCAAAUAAGUCUGAAAAUGUUGAGUGGCAUGCUAACAGCAGGCCACUCUUGGAGAGACCAUUGAGGGAAAGAACAGCAUGUCUAAUGCAGGAAAUGCCACACAAGGACAAUGAGCUUAUGAAAAAUAUGGUGGCCAUGUUACCAUCUUGCCCAAGGAAGGCUAGUGUCCCUGGCUUUCCAUCUGCACCAAGGCAAGAGCCAAGUAUGGUUAACAUAAUGCCAUAUUGUCCAAGGGUAUCUAGAGUUCCUGGAUUGGCAGCUAUCAAACAGACACAAACAGUAGAGUGGCCAGUUGAUAAAGAGUCACUGUUGCCAUCUAGAGAAAGGCCAGAAGAAUCAAUGUUCCAUUUGGACGAUAUUGACACAGUCUAUCAUGAUACGGAAAUUGCGAAAAAUAUGGUAGCUUUGUCACCAUCCUGCCCCUGGAAGGCCAGUACACCUGGCUUCCCCUCUGCUCCAAAGCAAGAGCCAAGUAUGGUUAAUCAUCUGCCUACUUAUCCUAGACUUUCCAGAGUUUUUGGUUUACCUUCUAGACAUCUGCAUACAUCAGAAAAUGAUGAUUGGCAUGCUAACAGGCCACUUUUGGAGAGGUCAUUGAAGAAAAGUACAGUUUACGUGCAGGAAAUGCCACACAAGGAUAAAGAACUUACACAAAAGAUGGUAGAUAUGUUACCAUCUUGCCCGAAUAAGGCCAGGAUUCCAGGCUUCCCCUCUGCACCGCAGUCGAAGCUAGAAGACACACCAAGUAUGAUCAGUCUUCUGACUACUUGCCCUAAACUUUCUAAGGUUUCUGGUUUACCCUCUAUAGAGCGAAUCAGGUCUAGAGAUGAAUAUUGGCUUGUGGAGAGACUGCCACUCUGGGAGAAGCCGUUGAGGGAAAGGGGUGUGCCAAUUCUAGACAUUUCUCCAGCUCAUGAUAAAGACAAAGAUCUGAAACAUAUGGUAGCUAUGGUACCAUCUUGCCCCAGGAAAACCAGUGUACCUGGCUUCCCUUCUGCACCAAAGCAGAGAUCAGUAGAAACCCCAAGUAUGGUGAAUCUUGUGCCUACUUGCCCAAAGGUAUCGACUGUUUCUGGAUUGCCAGCUUUGGAUCUGAAUCAGGCACCAGAUUGGCCAGUAGAUAAAGAAUAUUUGAAGAUGUCACCAAGAAAAAGGUCAGAAUUAUUGGAUAAUGUUGGCACAGUCUAUAAUGAUAGUGAAAUGGCUAGCACCAUGCUUGCUCUUACACCAUCCUGCCCAAGAGCAGCUAGUAUUCCUGGCUUCCCCUCUGCACCAAGGCAAGAGCCAAUUAUGAUGAACCUUCUGCCUACUUGUCCUAGACUUUCCAGAGUUUUUGGUUUACCUUCUAGACAUCUGCAUACGUCUGAAAAUGUUGUCUGGCAUGCUAACUGGAUGACACUCUUGGAGAGGCCAUUAAAGAAAAUAACAGUUUCUUUGGUACAGGCAAUACCACAUGACAAUAAAGAUGUUACAAAUAACAUGAUAGAUAUGUUAACAUCUUGCCCGAAGAAGGCCAGGAUUCCUGGUUUUCCCUCUGCACCACAUCCCAAAGCUGAGGUAGAUCUUAGUAUGUUGAGUCUUGUUCCUGCUUGCCCUAAAGUUUCCAGUGUCCUGGGUUUCGCAUCCAUUGAAGGGCCUACAACAUUAGAGUGGCUUGUUGACCCCAAGCCUAUGUUUGAACACUUGCAAAAGAAGGAGGAGGAAGAAGACAUUUUUCCAAAAGACCGAUCAAAAGAAGACACUGAAAAAAUGAAAGCAAUGGUUGCUUUGGUGCCAUGUUGCCCAGUAGCAUCCUUGAUUCCUGGUUUCCCUUCUGCACCACGCAAAAAGGCUGAGGAGACACCAAGUAUGAUGCAUCUUGUUCCCUCCUGCCCUAAAACUUCUAGUCUCCCUGGUUUUCCAUCCAUUGAGGGGAAUAGGGAAACAGGGUGGGUAGUUGAUGAGAGGCCAUUUUACAAGAGACCGCCAAAGGAGAGGAAAGUAAUUUUUGACAGCUCAAAAGCAGACAAAGAGGAAAUUAAAAUCAACAUUCCUUUGAGGCAAUCAUGCCCUCAUGCUGCUCGGAUCCCUGGCUUCCCAUCUGCACCACAACCCAAUAUGUUGAGUCUUGUUCCCACGUUCCCUAAAGUUUCCAACCUACCGGGUCUCGCAUCCACUGAGGGGGGUACAACAUUAGAGUGGUUUGUAGACCCCGAGCCUAUGUUUGACCACUUGCAGAAGAAGGAAGAAGUUUUUCCAAAAGACGGAUCAAAGGAAGACAUUGACAAAAUGAAAGCAGUGGUUGCUUUGAUGCCAUCUUGUCCCAAAGCAUCUGUGAUUCCAGGCUUCCCCUCUGUACCUGGGAAGAAGUUUGCAGACACACCAAGCAUGAUCAGUCUUCUGCAGACUUGCCCUAAAGUUUCUAAAGUUUCUGGCUUACCUUCUAGACUUACUAUCAAUUCAGAUAAAGAUGGCUGGUGUGUUAACAAGAGGCCACUGUGGGAGAGGCCAUUAAAUAAUAGAGACACACUAGCCCUUUGUCCAGUGCAAAUAUUAUCAUUCAAAGAGAGAGCGAUGAUUAAAAUUAUGGUGUCUAUGUUACCACCUUGCCCAAUAAAAGCCACCAUUCCAGGCUUUCCCUCAUCGUCACGGCACAAGUCGGAUAGGGCUCAUGUUAGGGUGAUCCCAAGCAUGGUAUGUCUAUGGCCUACCUGCCCGAAAUAUUCAAGGGCUUCAGGUUUCCCCUCAAGAUGUCCAUCCAAGGCAGGACAUGAUGGCUGGCAUGUUGACAGGGAGACAUUUUGGGUUAAAUCAUUGAGGAAAGGAGAGGGGCUUAAUCUCCAGCUUUCUCCAGUUGAGGAUAUGUCAUUCAGAGACAGAGAAAUAAUGACAAGUAUGGUACCAUCAUGCCCAGCAAAAGCCACCCUUCCUGGCUUCCCAUCGGCUCCACAAGCCAAAACCUCUCAUGUUGAAGUAGAAAAAGAUCCAUGCAUGACUUCCCUUUUCCCAUCUUGUCCGGAAAUGUCUAGUAUCAUUGGUUUUCCUUCAAGACAAUUGAUCAUGUUGGAUGAUGGUUAUGUAGAGGGCUGGCCGAUGGUCAAAAGUGUAGUCUGGGAGAAAUCACCAACGAGGGUUGCUAAUACUCUGGAGACUCUGGAUUGUUCUCCAUUUGAGGGAGACUGUUGUUACAGAGACAAAGUCAUGAUAAAGGCAAUGUUAUCUCUUAUACCAUCAUGUCCAAUUUUUGCUUUGAAUCCAGGUUUCCCAUCUCUUCAGCUUUGUCCAUCUGAGGAAAUGUCAUUUAGAGACGGAGAAAUAUUGACAAGUAUUGUGCUGUCAUGCCCAGCAAAAGCCACCCGUACUAACUUCCCAUCGGGUCCGCAAACAAAAGAUGCUCAUGUCGAAGUAGAGAAAAAGCCAUGCAUGACUAAUCUUUCCCCAUCUUGCUCGGAAGUUUCUAGUAUAAUUGGUUUUCCUUCAAGACAGUCAGUCAUGUCUGAUCAUGCUUAUGUAGAGGGCUGGCCGACAGUCAAGAGUGUACUCUGGGAGACACCACCAUUGAGGGUUGCUAAUACUCUGGAGACUCUGGAAUGCUCUCCAUUCGAGGGAGACUGUUGUUACAGAGACCCACGCAUGAUAAAGGCAAUGUUAUCUCUUGUACCAUCCUGUGCAAGUGUUGCUCUAAGUCCGGGCUUUCCAUCUGUGCCACAGCUCAUAUUAGAGAAGCUUCCAAGUAUGGUGAAUAUUGUGCUAUCUUGCCCCAACAUUUCUAAUGUUAUUGGGCUCCCAUCCAUAAAGAUAGAACUAACAAAACAGGAUCCAGUUAUGGGUUGGCCAGCUGACCGAAAGCCAUUGUUAGAGAAGCCAGUGAAGGCGAGACACUCGGUGACUGUACUUUCAUCCCCAGUUAUGAGUAGAUUAAAAGAUGACAAAGAGUUUGACAGACGUAUGAUGGCCCUGGAGCCAACAUGUCCGGAAGAAGCCAAAAUACCUGGUUUUCCCUCUGCCCCAAGACCCAAGACAGAGCAAUACAUCACUGCUACAGUUAAAUCAUCAUGCUCCAAUGUUGCCAAAGUCUCUGGCUUUCCCUCUUUACAACCAGAGAAAGUAGAUAUGGUUUUAGUAGAGAACUGGGCUGUGGAAGCUGGACCAUUAUGGCAGCAAACACAGAAAGAGAUUCCAGCUAUUGGAGUCAGUAGAUCAGAUGAUGCCAAAGGAAUGGCAGCUAUGUUACUAUCUUGCCCAAAAGAAGCUAGUAUACCUGGCUUUCCAUCAGCACCAUUGCCUAAAGAAGAACAAGAGCCAAACAUGCCCAGUCUUUUGUUAACUUGCCCAAUGGUUACACAUGUCCAAGGGAUUCCAUCCACAAAGAUGCAAAAUCAAGAGGAUCCUCCAAUUCAUCAGUGUCCUGUGGAGGAGAGGCCAUUUUGGGAAAAGUCACUGAAAGAGAAAACAGUGCAGUCACAGGCUCCCACUCAUGAUGAAUUAGAGAAGGGAAUGGUGUCUAUUUUGCCAUCUUGCCCAAGUGAGGCCGUUGACCCUGGCUUCCCAUCGACACAUUGUCAAACGCCUCUCUACAGUGAUUCGUCUCUCAAUCAACAGUCAAGUCGAGGUCAAAGGCCUGAAUGGGCAGAGGAGAUAUAUGACUGCAAGGAGGGCCACAAACCCACAUUAUUCAAAGCAGUGGUGAAUGAGAACAAACAUGAAUUUAAACAUGGCUCAGUUUUGGAGAGGCUCAAGGAAGAGGGGGUCAUUCAGACCAGAUAUGAGGCGCAAGAAGUGGGCGUUCUAGAAAGAGGACACUUGCACUGCCGAAUGUGGCACUCCAUUCCUACAGACAUGCCAUUAUUCUUGACUGUCAGAGAGAGCCCUUCGUGUCAGUCUCCCAUUCAAGGGGGACAGCCAUUGCCGUAUGGGAUGGGAGCAACUGUUGACAAUGAGCCAAAAGACAUUUCACACAGCCAGAUGGCGUGUGAGGUUGUGGCACUAGUAGAGUAUCAAGUUGUCGAGGACUUGGACAUGAUAUGUGAGGAAGAAGCGGUAGAGGAAGUCUUAGAGUCAGUCUCUGGAAUAGAGCAUUCUGGGAAGGAAGAGGUUACUGUGGCUAGGCAGGUGAAAGUUUAUGAGAUGAGACCUCAAAAUAUGGCUUCAUCAUCCCCAAGAGUUGCCAGUGCACCAGGGUUUCCAUCCACUCAAACGUCCUGUUCAGAGGCUCAAUUGGAAGACUGCCCAGUGGACACGAGCAUAUUAUGGGAGAAACCAACAAAGGACGGUCCACAGCUGGCCAUGGAUAGAUCAAAAGAGGAGAGAGACAUGGUGAGAUUUAUGGCAGAUAUGAUCCCAUCUUGCCCAAGAACUGCCAGCAUUCCAGGCUUUCCGUCUAUACAUCUGUCCAAGGAAGUCAAGGUAGAGAGGGAACCUAACAUGGCAGAUAUAAUGCCAUCCUGUCCAAGAGUGGCUGGCACACUCAGAUUCCCUUCUCUUGAGAGUCAGGUAGAGGAGUGUACAAUCAACACUGAGGCAAUUUGCGAGAAGACAGUGAAGGGGAAAGAAGAGGUGACCAUUAGGUCCAGUCCACAUUUGGACAGAUUACAAGAAGAGCUAAUGAAACACAUGGUGACUAUGGAGCUAUCGUGCCCUACCGCAGCAAUUAUUCCCGGCUUCCCCUCUGCACCACAUCCCAAAGCUGAGGUAGAUCUAAGAAUGUUGAGUCUUGUGCCCGCUUGUCCUAAAGUUUCCAGUCUCCCGGGUUUUGCAUCCACUGAGGGGGCUGCAACAUUAGAGUGGCUUGUUGACCCCAAGCCUAUGUUUGAGCACUUGGAGAAAAAGAAGAAGAAAGAAGAAGAAGAAAAUGUUUUUCCAAAAGACCGAUCAAAAGAAGACAGUGAAAAAAUGAAAGCAAUGGUUGCUUUGAUUCCAUGUUGCCCAGUAGCAUCCCUGAUUCCUGGUUUCCCCUCUGCACCACAUCCAGAACCUGAAGUGGGGACAAGUAGUGUGAAUCUUGUUCCCUCCUGCCCUAAAGCUUCUAGUCUCCCUGGUUUUCCAUCCAUUGAGAAGGAUAGGGAAGCAUUGUGGGUUGUUGAUCAGAGCUCAUUGUUUGAGAUACCAUUAAAGGAUAGGAAAGUCAUUAUUGACAGCUUAAAGGUAGACAAAGAGGAAAUUAAAACCAAUGUUUCAUUGAGGCAUUCGUGUCCUGACGCUGCAAGGAUCCCUGGCUUCCCAUCUGCACCACAACCCAAUAUGUUGAGUCUUCCCACUUUCCCUGAAGUUUUCUGUCUCCCUGGUUUCACAUCUACUGAGGGGAUUACAACAUUAGAGUGGCUUGUUGACCCCAAGCCUAUGUUUGAGCACUUGCAGAGGAGGAAGAAAGAAGAAGUUUUUCCAAAAGACAAAUUUAGGAAGGAAGAUGGUUCAAAGGUUGCUUUGGUGCCAUGUUGCCCAGAAGCAUCCAUGAUUCCUGGCUUCCCCUCUGUACCGCAACCCCAAGAGGUCUAUUUUGAGCCAACCAUACUCAGCCUUUUUUCAUUGUGUCCAAAAGUCUCCAGUAUUGCAGGUUUCCCAUCUCGUCAGCAAACUGACAGAAAAGAUUGGCACACCGAUCUGCCCGAGGAUCAUCAGCCAUUAUGGGAGAAGCAAAUGAAGGUGAACCCAGUUGUGAUAACGGAAAGAUCAGAAAUAGACAAAGCCAAGAUGAAAGGAAUAGUAUCUCUGGUACCAUCUUGUCCGAAAGUGGCUCGUACCCCUGGUUUACCAUCUGUACCACAACCCAAAGAGGUAUAUUAUGGACCAAGUAUGAUCAGUCUAUCAUGCCCAAAAGUCUCCAGUAUUGCAGGUUUCCCAUCCCAUCAGCAAACUGACAGAAAAGAUUGGCACACAGAUCUGCCCGAGGAUCAUCAGCCAUUAUGGGAGAAGCAAAUGAAGGUGAACCCAGUUUCGAGAAUGGAAAGGUCAGAAAAAGACCAAGCCAAGACGAAAGGAAUGUUGGCUCUGGUACCAUCUUGUCCCAAAGUGGCUCGCACUCCUGGUUUCCCAUCUGUACCACAACCCAAAGAGGUAUAUUAUGGACCAAGUAUGAUCAGUCUAUCAUGUCCAAAAGUCUCCAGUAUUGCAGGUUUCCCAUCCCAUCAGCAAACUGACAGAAAAGAUUGGCACACAGAUCUGCCCGAGGAUCAUCAGCCAUUAUGGGAGAAGCAAAUGAAGGUGAACCCAGUUUUGAGAAUGGAAAGGCCAGAAAUAGACAAAGCCAAGAUGAAAGGAAUAGUAUCUCUGGUACCAUCUUGUCCGAAAGUGGCUCGUACCCCUGGUUUACCAUCUGUACCACAACCCAAAGAGGUAUAUUAUGGACCAAGUAUGAUCAGUCUAUCAUGUCCAAAAGUCUCCAGUAUUGCAGGUUUCCCAUCCCAUCAGCAAACUGACAGAAAAGAUUGGCACACAGAUCUGCCCGAGGAUCAUCAGCCAUUAUGGGAGAAACAAAUGAAGGUGAAGCCAGUUGUGAUAACAGAAAGAUCAGAAAUAGAGAAAGCCAAGAUGAAAGGAAUAGUGGCUCUGGUUCCAUCCUGUCCGAAAAUGUCUCUGGUGCCUGGUUUCCCAUCUGUACCACAACCCAAAGAGGUCUAUUAUGGGCCAAGUAUGAUCAGUCUAUCAUGUCCAAAAGUCUCCAGUAUUGCAGGUUUCCCGUCCCAUCAGCAAACUGACAGAAAAGAUUGGCACACAGAUCUGCCCAAGGAUCAUCAGCCAUUAUGGGAGAAGCAAAUGAAGAAGAAGAUGUUAUUGAUGGAAAAAUCAGAAAAACACAAACAAGAAAUGAAAGAAAUGUUGGCUCUGGUACCAUCCUGUCCGAAAGUGGCUCGUACCCCAGGUUUCCCAUCUGUACCAAAACCCAAAGUAGUAUAUUAUGGGCCAAGUAUUGUCAACCUUCUUUCAUUGUGUCCAAAAGUCUCCAGUAUUGCAGGUUUCCCAUCCCGUCAGCAAACUGACAAACAUUAUUGGCACACAGAUCUGCCCGAGGAUCAUCAGCCAUUAUGGGAGAAGCAAAUGAAGGUGAAGCCAGUUGUGAUAACGGAAAGAUCAGAAAUAGACAAAGCCAAGAUGAAAGGAAUAGUAUCUCUGGUACCAUCUUGUCCGAAAGUGGCUCGUACCCCUGGUUUCCCAUCUGUACCACAACCCAAAGAUGUAUAUUAUGGACCAAGUAUGAUCUGUCUUUCAUGUCCAAAAGUCUCCAGUAUUGCAGGUUUCCCGUCCAAUCAGCAAACUGAAGGAAAAGAUUGGCACACAGAUCUGCCUGAGGAUCAUCAGCCAUUAUGGGAGAAGCAAAUGAAGGUGAAGCCAGUUGUGAUAACGGAAAGAUCAGAAAUAGACAAAGCCAAGAUGAAAGGAAUAGUAUCUCUGGUACCAUCUUGUCCGAAAGUGGCUCAUACCCCUGGUUUCCCAUCUGUACCACAACCCAAAGAGGUAUAUUAUGGACCAAGUAUGAUCUGUCUUUCAUGUCCAAAAGUCUCCAGUAUUGCAGGUUUCCCAUCCAAUCAGCAAACUGAAGGAAAAGAUUGGCACACAAAUCCACCCAAGGAGCAUCAACCAUUAUGGGAGAAGCAAAUGAAGAAGCUGAUUUUAUUUAUGGAAAUAUCAGAAAAAGACAAACAAGAAAUGAAAGGAAUGGUGGAUCUGGUACCAUCAUGCCCUACCGCAGCAAGUAUUCCUGGCUUCCCCUCUGCACCACAUCCCAAAGCUGAGGUAGAUCUAAGAAUGUUGAGUCUUGUGCCUGCUUUCUCUAAUGUUUCCAGCCUCCCUGGUUUUGCAUCCACUGAGGGGGCUGCAACAUUAGAGUGGCUAGUUGACCCCAAGCCUAUGUUUGAGGUCUUGCAGAAGAAGAAGAAGAAAGAAGAAAACAUUCUCCCAAAAGACGGAUCAAAAGAAGACAUUGACAAAACAAGAGCAAUGGUUGCUUUGGUGCCAUGUUGCACAGAAGCAGCCGGGAUUCCUAGCUUCCCCUCUGCACCACAACCUAAGAAAGAAGUAAAUAGUGUGGAUUUCACACAACCGUGCCCCAAAAUCUCCAGUCUACCAGGUUUGCCAUCUACGGCCAAAGUCCAGACAGGAAAUUGGCACGUUGAACAGAAGCCUCUGUUUGAGAAGACACUGAAAGAUGAGACCAUAAUAAUCCAAGAUAGGUCAGCAGAAGACAAAGGAAAUAUGAAAAAUAUAGUGGCACGUGAGAGUCUCACUCCUCGGUUCCUGUCCUUACCACAACCUAAAGCAAUGGAAGAACAAACCAUGUCUGCUCUACACCCAUCUUGUACAAAUGAAUCUACAGUAGCUGGAUUACCUUCUAGACAGCCAAUUGAAUUAGCUCUGGCCCAGGGAGAAGAAUCUGUGAGUUCUAUGCAGCCAUUGUAUGAAAAACCAUUGAAGGAUGGGUCCAGGGAUACCGCACUUUCCAAGCCUGACCUAGGCAGUGUAGUUGGAGAUGAAGGCCUCAAAACUAUGGUUGCACUGGCACCAUCUUGCCCCGAGGCAGCAAACAUUCCUGGUUUUCCAUCUGUGCCCCCUCACAGUCCAGAGUCUGUAGAGGCACAUGAGACAAGUAUGCAGAAAAAGGAGAAAGAGGUGGCUGGAGAACCAGCAGAGUAUGUUUUAGAUAAGGGUGUCCUCAGCAGCUCACAAAUAGAGAAGUCCACACCUGAGCAGAUCCAGAAGCCCUCAGCAGUGUCAGAACCAGAGCUAGUCUUGGGGUGGGAGGUGCUGGAGGCCGAGGGUUCUGUGGCAGAGAAGCCAAAGGAGGCCUCUGGCCUUCUACAGAAUAUUGUUGGUGUCUUCUCCAGAGGUUAUGAAACAGUAGCAGCCAUUUUGGGUCCGUCUGGUUCACCUCCAACAGAAGAUGUCGACAGUAGCGUUGUGGACCCAGAGGACAGUGCAGUCCCAUCAGAGAGCUCCUCUGAUCCUGUCCCAGAUAUAUCUAUCCUUGUUCAGGAAGCAGUGUCUGGAGAGGCACCGCAUGUUGAGGGUGAAACCAAACCAACUGUGGAGCUCCCAACCACCGCUGAGCCAUCCUUGUUGACUGUGGAAGACAAGCAACCCAACUCUCCAUCGGCAGUGAGACAAGACAGUGAGGAUGGGUUCGUUGGAGUCGAAGGCCCAAGCAGUAUGAGAAAAUGGCCGCCGUUGACGGAGGCUGACCUUACUGAGAUCUCCAGAGGAGAGUUUGUGGUAACUGGGGAAGAAGAGGUUACCCUUGACUCAUGGGCGCAAAUAGGGGAGAAGUCAACAUUCAAAGUGCAGGAUUCUGGACAGAUAACAGGUUAUGUUGAAGUUUUUUCAGCAGGGUCACCUAUCGAGACAGAAUUAUCACCUUCAUUACACCUGGACAAGGGCCCCCAACACGCAAGCACAGAAGAAGCCACUGGCCCUACCUCACAACCUACUGCAGACAAGUUGCUGGUAGAGGGCAAGUCUGAAGAACAUAUAGUACCCAUACCAGAUAAACCCUCUGAUGAUCAGACUGUCACCCCAGUCACCUCAGUUGAAACACAAUCAGAAGUUGCCCCCCCUCAGAGAAGCAGAAAGAAAAAGAGAUCCCUUCCACAAGAGUCUCAACAAAAAGCCGAUGGCCAAGGAAGUGUGGCUACCCAGGAUGUCGCUGCACAGGUAACAACUAAACUGGUCGCUCCUCAUCGUGGGAAGAAAAAAGAGGGAAGUCUUCCUCCAGAAUCUCAACCGGAAGCUGAUGAUCAAGGGAUUGUAUUUAAUGUGGUCCCUUCACAGCCUCUAAGGAGAAAAGACAGCCUCAGUCCGGGGCGCAAACAAAAAUCUGAGAAUGUAUCUGCACAGAAGCCCAUUGAAGUAGUCACUUCCUGCUGUCCGAAGAGAAAAGACAGUAGUCUUUUAACAGAACCUCUAAAGAAAGCUGAUGGUCAGAAGGGUUUCACUGCCCAGGAAGCUCCUCAGGUGGUCCCAUCACGGCCUGGUAGUAAAAGAGACCGUAGUCUUUCAACAGAGCCCCAACAGAAAGCUGAUGCCCCUGUCCAGGCGCACACAGACGUGGUCCCUCCUUGCCGUACUAAGAAAAGAGACCGUAGUCUUCCAGCAGAGUCUCCACACCGACCUUUGAGGAGAAAGGAAAGCUUUACUAAAGACACAUCAACACAGGCAACUAGCCUGGUCCCACCUCUGCGCCCAAGGAGAACCUCUAGAGCAUCCAGUGCAGAACCUUCAGAGAAACUUGGCCAGGGAGCCACUGAACUGAUUCUACCACAGCCAGCUCAGAAAGCCGAUGAGCCAGAGAAUCUGAUUGCCCAGGCGGUCACCGAGCUGAUUCCACCUCAGCGCACAAGGAAAGCAUCUCUCUCUACCGAACAUCAACAGAAAGCUGACGAUUUAGAGAGCGCUACCGGUCAGGUCACAACUGUUCCCCUAACACCAGAUCAUGUACCGACAGAGUCGUACCCGGACUUUGGUGUGAGAGAGACUGCCCCCCUCCUGAUCAUCAGAAAAAUAGCCCCGCCAAGGCGCAGCAAGAAAACAAAUUCUCCCCCAGUGGAAUCAGGCAAAGCAGAAGAUGAGGCUGUGGCUGUAGAGGCCCUGAAUGCUGCCAACCAGGGGUCUUCAGCACCAUCCCAGAUAGAGGAUCUGACGAUAGACUCGUUUGAAAAUGUUGAGACCGAGAUGCAGUCUCAGAACGCCACAGAAAUGGCCACUGAGCCAAUUGAAGAUAAGCCACACUGUGAAGGGGUUGCCGUGAAUUUGACCGUAAUUUAUAGGCCGCUCAUUGACAAUGCAGCACAGAAGGUAUCGACAGAGGACACUGCGCCAGAAGUAAAAACUGAGGACAAGCAGGAGUACUUACCAGUCCCAAAGCCUCGUGGGAAACGAGACCCGACUCCACCUGUCCAUUUAGAUGCUACCAGACCAAAGACCCGGCAUGCCUCUAGUGGGGAUGACAACGAUUCUACCAGAGAGAGAGGACGUUCACAUGCAGCCUCAGCCUCUGUGCUGGAACCACCUCGACGCAGCAAGAGGAGCAGUAGUCUUCCUCCCGUACCCCCUGGGUGCCAGCCUGCAGCAUCUGGUGACGUGGUGGUUGCUCCUCUGCGUAGGAGGAGUAGACUAAACAUAGAACAAUCAAGCAUGCCUGUUCCAGUUCCCCGCUCGAAAAAACGCCUCAGUUCCUCUUUCUCCGAUGGAACUCCUUCAAUGGACUCCUCAUUCACUAGGCAGACAGAUUCCCUUGAGGGCUUGUUGUCUCUCUCUCAGGAAGACAAACAAGUCGCCAGUCAGGAAGCCACAGAGGGUUCAAUAUCAUUAACCUCAAGCAUGGUCUCCGAAGGGAGCUUUGUCACAAUUCUUCACUCAGAGGAGAUAUCACCAGAAGUUAUUGUCUGCGAAAAGGGACUGGAGGAGAGUGGGGAGAGCUGGACCUUCACAGAUACCGCUAUGGUCACUGAGGCCUUCACAGACACUGUAAGCGAGGACAUUGAGAGGGGUUCAGAGGCAGAGACUGUCUUUGAGAAAGGACUGGAGGAGAGCAUGGAGAGCUUGACCUUCACAGAUACUGCCAUUGUCACUGAGUCCUUCACAGAAACCCCUAAGUUCUUCGCAGACACUGUUAGUGACGACAUUGAGAGGGGUUCAGAGGCAGAAGUUCUUGACCAGACCUCUCCAACCACUGCUACACCAGCUGAGGACGACUGGUUACAUGUUAAGGGAGCCAAAGAGACAGAGAAGAUGGAGGUAGAGAGAAAAUACACGGGGGUUGAAGAGGUGGACUUUGGCUUUGAGUCAGUAGACGUAGCUGACGGUGGCUUAGAUAAAGAGAGGCAGCAGGAAGCAGCAGAGGAGCCAACAACACCUGAGCGCAGACCUGCAAACUCUCAGGAAAUGGGUCAAGACAGUGCUGCUUCUCCAGAAGGUCUCAUGGCCAGUCCUGGCCUGGUCACUUCCAGCCAGUCACUACUGGAGUGGUGUCAGGAAGCCACCAAAGAACAUAAGGGGAUCAAGAUCACUAACUUCAGCACAUCCUGGAGGAACGGCCUGGCCUUCUGUGCCCUUCUACACCACUUCCACCCAGACAGGAUAAACUUUGAGAUGCUGGACCCUUAUGACAUCAAGCUCAACAACAAGAAGGCUUUCGACGGCUUUGCUGAGCUGGGCAUUUCUCGGCUGAUGGAGCCCUCAGACAUGGCCCUCCUGGCCGUGCCUGACCGCCUCAUCGUCAUGACCUACCUCAACCAGAUCCGCACCUACUUCUUGGGCCAGGAGCUGAGCGUGCUGCACAUAGAGGCGGACAGCAGCGAGUCCAGCUACGGCGUGGCCGGGGAGAGCCGGGAGGGCCUCGACCCGGAGGCCGCUGCACGCUACUGUCAACGGAUCCAUGAUGAGGCCCUCACAACGGACACCAAUGGGGGCGCUGCAGAGAAGGAGGCGUAUAGUGACACUAAGGGGGACACCAAUGGGGACGUGGUCCCGCCCCCUAGAACCAAACGGCUGCAGGCUGCAGGGGCAGGAGGAGGGGCCCAGGCCCCCGUCGCACCCCCCAGGACACACUUCUUAUCUGCCAAGUCUGGGUUCUCCCAGCUAAAGGAUGCAGAUCUGGUUAAGAAGCGGCGGUCGCAACGCAGGUCAAUAGACGAGGCAGACUCAACCGAGGUUGCUACAGGUCAGGAAGAGGUUGGAGCUACCAGAAGGAAAUCAGAAACAGAAGGGGAAGCUGGUGAAGAAGGACGAUCGGCUGAGGAGGAGUGCCAGGACGCCAGCCAGUAUGCACUGAGUGAGAUGAAGGCCCUGGAGGCGGAGCAGAAGCACAUUGACAGCAGGGCAGACAUAGUGGAAAGGAGACUACGCCGACUGAUGGAGUCAGGUAGUGACAAGAUGCAGGAGGAGAAGCUGAUUCAGGAGUGGUUCACUCUGGUCAACAAGAAGAACGCCCUCAUCAGGAGACAAGACCAACUACAGCUGCUACAAGAAGAGCAGAACCUGGAAACGAGGUUUGAGAUGCUGAACCGAGAACUGAGAGACAUGAUGGCUAUUGAAGAGUGGCAGAAGACAGCGGCCCAUAAGCACAGGGAGCAGCUGCUACUGCAGGAGCUGGUGUCUCUGGUCAACCUGAGGGACGAGCUGGUCCACGACAUGGAUGCCAAGGAGAGAGGGGCUCUGGAGGAGGACGAGAGGCUGGAGAGAGGCCUGGAGCAGAGACGCAGGAAGUACAGCAAGAAGAGCAAGGAGGAGAAGUGUGUGCUGCAGUGAGGCCUGGCGUCGGACACACCUGAACCAGGCAGCCCUGUAGAAGGUCACCUGGGUGCACUUUGGGACUGAUGUUGUAUGUGUGUGGCUCAUGACAUCAACACUGCAUGGAAGAGACGGAGAACAGUGUUAUGUGACUGCACUAAGAGGACGGAAAACGAUGUUGCCCCCCCCCCCCCCCC